AUGUUAACAUUUACCUUGAGCACUACUCAAAAGAACAAACCUUUAUUACUUCCUAAAGGGUUUUCUUACACUAUCGAUAAAACAACUAUUGAUAAAACUUAUUGGAAAUGUAAACAUGCUCGAAAACUCAAAUGUAAAGGUCAAGUUCAUACUAAUUAUAUUAAUACAAUAUUGUUAUACGAAAAUGAUAAUCAUAAUCAGAGUGGUAAUGCGCUUCCAGCUAAAAUUAGAAUAUUUGGAGAAAAAGUUCGUGAUCGAGCAAUUAAUAGUAAUGAAACUACUCAAGCUGUUAUUGAUAAUUGUCUGACGAAUUUAUCUGAUUAUGCUGUUGCUCGUCUUCAUGAUUUCAAACAUAUUAAUUAUCCGUGA